AUGCUUCGUUCUUUAGCUUUUUUCAAUGCACUUCUUAAUCAGCCAAUCAAGACCAAUGGCUACAAGAUAGAUGGCACAACAUUAAAGCUUGAAAAUGAAAAGGAUUAUUAUAAUUAUGAAAAUGAUUUAAUUGAUAAAGUUUUAUCAAAUAAUAUUAAAUCAGUAAUUAUCACCUGCAAUGGAUGGUCUAAGAAGGAAUUAGUAACACGUGGUUUCUUCGAUACAAUCCAAGAAGUUGAUAUUUCCGGCGAUGAUGCAAUAAUUGUUCAUUCACUCUUCACUGGAAAUACAUUUAUCCAAACCGUUAGGUUCAAUACACCGAACAUUGUCAGCAUUGAUGAUAAUUGCUUUACGAAUUAUACAUCCAAUAUGUACCAGAAGUUGGUGUUUCCUGCUUUUUAG